CCAUUCCUGUAUGAGUUCUUUGUUUGUUUCUUUGUUUCUUUUUCUUCCUUCUGUUACAGAAGCACAAUUUCAAGCAUCAUAUGGACACAACAGAGAAUACUGCGUGUGAUAAUCAUUUUCAGGAACACACUGGUGCUGAAACGGCAGAGCAAGUGUGAUGGCCUUGCAUUAUAUUCCAGUGGUGCUGUGGAAGCUGUGUGAUUAAUUCUGUCCUUGUACAGCGUUCUACUGCGCAUGUUGCAUGACAGGUGCACACACAAGGCUCCAUCUUGGCAACCCUCUACCAAUGCAAUAGGACAGCGGGAAUAUAGAUUCUGUUCAGAUUAUUAAAAUUGAAAAAAGAUAAGAAAAACAGACGGGAAUCGCCGUCGUAAUGAAAUUUCGCGCGGAUUCGCCCUGACUGAAGGAACGGCGAGCAGAAUGCGAUAUAGACGGCGACUGGUCAUGAAGCAUUAACGACCGAUUGCACUGUCAGCUCUGCUGGAUCGGAUCUGUGGAACAACAACAGUUACCACAUUGAAAUGGCUAAGUUGAACUGCUGUAAUAUGACGUCUCUAAAGGUGAUUUUCUUGUUGCUUAUCGUCUGUCUCUGGAUGGAAGGAGGAUUCACCAAAGAAAAAUCUGCUAAGAAGGGAAAGAAGAAGGGAAAACAGGUUUAUUGUCCUUCGCAGCUGUCGCCAGAGGAUCUGGCACGGGUUCCAGCAAACUCUACCAGCAACAUCCUCAACAGGCUUUUGGUCAGCUAUGACCCAAGAAUCCGACCCAACUUCAAAGGUAUUCCUGUUGAGGAUCGUGUGAACAUUUUUAUCAACAGCUUUGGGUCCAUCCAGGAGACUACUAUGGACUAUCGUGUCAACAUCUUCUUGAGACAGCGCUGGAACGAUCCCAGACUCCGGCUUCCUCAGGACUUCAAGUCGGACUCGCUCACCGUUGACCCGAAAAUGUUCAAAUGCCUGUGGAAACCCGAUCUUUUCUUUGCCAACGAAAAGAGCGCUAACUUUCAUGAUGUCACUCAGGAGAACAUCCUGCUCUUUAUCUUCAGGAACGGAGAUGUCCUCAUCAGCAUGAGGUUGUCUGUUACCCUCUCUUGUCCACUGGACUUGACUCUCUUCCCCAUGGACACCCAGCGAUGCAAAAUGCAGCUUGAGAGCUUUGGCUACACCACAGAUGACCUGCAGUUCAUGUGGCAGUCUGGAGACCCUGUACAAAUGGAUGAGAUUGCUCUGCCUCAGUUUGAUAUUAAACAAGAGGACAUUGAAUAUGGCAACUGCACCAAGUACUACGCAGGGACAGGUUACUACACGUGUGUGGAGGUGAUUUUUACUCUGAGGCGGCAGGUGGGCUUCUACAUGAUGGGUGUAUACGCUCCCACCCUGCUCAUCGUUGUCCUCUCCUGGCUCUCUUUUUGGAUCAACCCUGAUGCCAGCGCUGCCCGAGUGCCUCUGGGGAUACUGUCAGUGCUCUCGCUCUCUUCUGAGUGCACGUCUCUGGCCUCUGAACUGCCCAAAGUCUCCUAUGUAAAGGCGAUUGACAUCUGGCUGAUUGCCUGCCUGCUCUUUGGCUUCGCCUCUCUGGUCGAAUAUGCUGUGGUUCAGGUGAUGCUUAACAGCCCUAAACGGUUGGAGGCGGAGAGAGCAAAGAUUGCUAGCAAGGAGAAGGCGGAGGGAAAGACCCCUGCCAAGAACACCAUCAAUGGCAUGGGAAGCACCCCUAUACACGUCAGUACACUACAGGUGACAGAGACAAGGUGCAAAAAGGUAUGCACCUCCAAGUCAGAUUUGCGCUCCAACGACUUCAGCAUCGUAGGCUCUCUGCCACGAGACUUUGAACUCUCAAACUUUGACUGCUACGGCAAACCCAUUGAAGUUAGUAAUGCUAAAGCGCAAGCCAAGAACAACAAAAAGCCGCCACCUCCUAAACCUGUCAUCCCCUCGGCAGCCAAGCGCGUAGAUCUUUAUGCUCGUGCUAUUUUCCCAUUCACCUUCCUUUUCUUUAAUGUAAUUUACUGGUCUGUGUAUUUGUGAUUGUGUAAAGUUUAAACUGCUUCCAUUCUGAUAACUUUUCCCUCCUUCGUAUCGUCUCGGUCCAUAUAAUUUGUACCUCAGAUAUCAAACAGAGCAGUUUUGCCACUGAUGUGCAGGCAAAGCAAAACUAUGGGAAUAAACACAGUAUUGCUAAUAAAAAUAAAAAAUAAAAAACAUUUUCGAAUCGAAAGAAUGAAGGCAUUGCUUAAAACAUUGAUUUUCAACUACUAUAUUUAAUUUAUGCACAAACCUCAGAGAAAUUAUUAUCUUGCAUGUGGAAAUGGAAUAUAUGGGUAUCAAUAUAUUGUAUUUAAUAUAUAUAUAUAUAUAAUAUAACAUUAUUUUUGACCUACGGAUCAGCUGUUAAGAUGAUGCUGAGAUAUUUGUAUUGAUGAACACUGCCAUAAGAACAGUCUUUUGAUGUUCCUAUUACAAGCAUUCCAGAAAUUGCAAGCACAUGUAUACAUGUAAAACAGAAAAAAAUAAAACCAACAUCUUCUGUGCUUGUGAAUCAACCAUCAAUAAAUGGCCAAAUGGCUCAGCUGACCUCAUGACCUAUGAGUCUUUUUCUUAUUUAUAUCUCUCCCAAGCUCAUCAUGGUCAGUCCUCCGUUGUGCGUUUCCCGCCCUAUUGUGUCCUUAUAUGGUUUUUCCCGUUCCUGUCCUUGUUAAGUGUGAUUGUUUAUGAUUUCGUUCAGCUGUGUGUCUAAUUAUCAUGUGUAUUUAGUUCCUGCCUGUUGAGUUCCUUUUGGUCUGUUCUACUUGUUACUGUUCCUGUGUGUCUGCCCUGCCUUUUCUUGCCCUGUUUGAGUUUAUUAAAGACUGUUAUUUUGAAGUUACUCCUCGUCUCUGUGUUC